CUUUGGCGCCCCGCUGCGCUGUCGUUCUCCGACUCGGGUGACAUUGCGACCAGUCCGCAAGGCCGGCUGGUGUCUUUGGCGGGUGGUGGCGGUGUGACCGAUCGGGUGCCGGUUAGCGACCUCUCGCCUCUUGCCAUCAGUCUUCCUCGCCGCUAAACAUGUUCCGAAACCCUUGGAUCUCUGGUUACCAUGUCAAUCAUGUGCAGCACUGCGGCACAGAACUUGGAUCAGAAGAUCUGGGAAAACUUUGCACCUCAACAUCAUUGCCAACAGAAGCCUUAAGUUUUCAGAGUGAUUUCUCCCUGCACGACAAGACCACCCUGGUCAAGAGCGUUUCAGAUACAGAUGCCAAACUCCUGGUGGUUCUGCCCAAGGUUUCAGAACUGAAGAAAUACUUCGAGGGUGAUCUUCCAGAAGAUUUCGUAAUGAACAGGAAGGAGAGGAUUGCACGGCGUCUGGAAGGGAUUGAAAGUGACUCUGCGCCAGCCCUGCUGACUAGCGGCUUGGUCACCAACAGAAUGCUGGAGGAGGACCCACCCCGGUAUACUCGGGCCUCAGACCCCUGCGAGCCAUGUGUUAUGGUGAGACAUUUCAGCAAAGAGGAUCUGCAUGCAUCACAAAAGCCAGUGACAUCCCCACAACAUCAGGCCAAAGGAGGUGUCAACCCCGUAAUAUUGACACCUACGUCUACACCCUCGGACCCAGUCAGUCUGAGUUCCAAGGCUGAGCGCAUCGCUCGCUACAAAGCAGAGAGACGGCGGCAGUUGUCGGAGAGGUAUGGCAUACUCCUUGAUCAGGAAGUGGACAUUGAUUACACACCACGCUACCGCGCCCGACUCGACCAAGAUGCCGCUGCCGACAGACACUCGACUGGAAGUGGAGUUAAACCACAACCAGAGCUACCAGAUCAUGAAACUGGUGGUCCGUACCGCUCUGGUGUGGGAAGGGUUUACAUGAGGACUCACCCGAAACCUGCAUCUCCAGAUGCACUGGUCCCAGUUAACACAAUCCAAGCACCAGCCCAUUCACAAGAUGGAAGAUUCUCUGAGAGGGAAAGGGUCAUGAACAUGGAGAACCACCGGAGAGGUGGGACUCAAGAUCAUGCAUCUCGGACUAGGACCCAGGAGCACCACAUGCCUCCGCCCCAGCAGAUUCAGCCUCAGCAGCAAAGCUCUACACAUCACAACCGCACAGACACAAUCCAUGUUGUGAUGAGUCCCAACACCAGCAGGGACUACAGGGUCACAGCAAUACCCAGCUCGCCUCGAACUGCCCGUCGGGCCUCGCUGCCAUCUACCCGCCAUGGUAUCUCACCUGGGGAUUUGUUCAUUGAGCAACAGGCACAGAGCAUCCUCAACAGACAGGGCCUUGCCAACCUGUCAAAGAGCGACUGGUGUCUCAACAGAGAGACAGAGGGCAACGCUCAAACACUCAUCAGCUGGCCGUCAAGAAUCAGAGUAAGUGCACAGCGGCCUUCUGAGUGGAGCGCCAGACACAGGACUCAGGAACUUCCUUUCCCACCCAACCUGGACCCAGGCCAGCAGAGAACUGUUCAUCAGCCCGAGCACACCCCGGGUCACCCAAAGUUUGCUCAAGAGUACCAUCCUACCAUUGACAGCCCAGUGUCUGCCAGCCAAAUCCCCAGUCCUCCAGAGGUUCCACCACGAAGGCGCGUGAGUGCUGAACAAAUUUAUGCUGCCCACAAAGAGGCAAGGCUGGAGGCCCAGCAAGCUUCCAAAGAAGAAGUACACACGGAAGGUUUGCUGAAGAGCCGCAAAGCUGUGUUACCAUCUGAGAUUCGCCGACGAGAAAAGACUGUGGAUGACCCUCACAGAGGUCCGAGCGAAAGCAUGGAAUGGUGGGAUUACAGCCCAGAACAGAAGAAGAUGAAUCAAGUAGCCAAGAAAGACUUGGAUCCACCCAAAGAGCGAAGGCGGGAGAGAAGAGAGAUGGCGGAGAAGAGCCGAGAGCGAGGCAGGCAUCGUCAUUCGGGUCACGAGAAUCAAGAGGCUAGAGUGUUCAAAGACAUACACUUGGAGAAUAUUUCAGACACUGUCAACCAUCCAGAGUCACUUGUGUUUCAGACACAAACCAGUGGAAAAGCUGAGGAAGAUCUCCAGAGACAGCAUCAAUACAACUCAUUGAGGAGGCCUAUGGAGACAAAAGAACAUCAGGGAGAACAAGAAACUUGUUCAAAGAGAGUUGAGGAGGCUCUGCGAUGUGAAGUCUCAGACCCUCCAAGGCAGCAGAAAUUGCAAAGUAGCGACUCGGCCAUUUACCUCCAGAAGGGUUCCACUUUACCUCAGGCCAAGCACAAAAGCACAGAGGCAGGAGGAGGGCCCAAACCCAAGACGCGAACUCGUUCCAUGUCAGACAUUGGUAUCAGCCGGCAUUCUGUCAUAUACCGUACAGAGAGGGCUGCCGCUACCCGUGAGACCUCCUCCAGGCCGAUGCAGCCAUCAGGGGUGUCGAAUUGCGACACGGGCGCCCUAGACACCCGUGUGUCGGUCGCUCAGCUGCGACAUUCAUACCUGGAGAACGCCAACAGGAAGCCUGACUUCGAGAGCAUCCAGUCCUCAGCGACAGAGGCGGACCUUGGGUCAAGUGGCCCUGAGUCCCAGGGGGAAAAGACGGCUCGGAGGCCUCGUCGCUACAUCACGCCAGGGGACGGCCGCACAUCCGAGAGAUGUCGAACUCAACCUAUCACAUCUGCGGAACGUCUGGAGACUGACAGGUCACAUCUCAGUCCAGCACCGCUGCAAGAUGUAGAAGCGGAUGAAGAAAAACUAGACGAGCGGGCCAAGAUGAGCGUGGCAGCCAAGCGUUCUCUUUUCAGGGAAUUAGAAAAGACUUCCGAGGGUGGUGUUCCCAAGCCUCGCUCUCGAAACGCUGCCGUGGAACGCCGUCUGCGGAGAGUCCAGGACCGCUCACACACUCAACCCGUCACCAGCAAGGAGGUGGGCGACGCUUGCAGUGAGCCUUCCACGUCAUCACCUGCUUCAGGAAGUCUCACCACCACUACCACCAGCACCAUCAGCACCACCACCAGUUCAACUGUUGUUAGCACUGCUGUCACCACCAUUAGCAUUCAAACAGCUCCAGCCACUCAGGAGAAGAUCCAGGAAAUCCAGCAAGAUGAGCCCCCAAAACCUGAAGGGGAUGACCUAUCCACACUCAGCUUGGCGGAAAAGAUGGCCCUCUUUAACCGCCUCGCCCAUGCUUCGGACGAGUCACCGUCAAAGAGUGACACUUCCCGCCAGCGCCGUGCUCUCGCACGCUUUCAGACUCAGCCAAUCACACAGGGCGAAGUAGAACAGGUGACUGAGCCUCCGGUCCGCUCCUCAGUCGACCAUAAUGAGUCCAAGCAGGAAGAACAUAUAAAACUCAGCAGCCAAGUCAAACUGGAGCCCCUCCCCGCCUCCGUGGUCCGCUCAGUUGCAGUCGCCCCCUCUCAAGCCUCUGUUUCCACGGUAACCGUGACGCCUGGAUGCAGCAGCAUCACCUGUGAGGGGGACUCCGCUACUCAACAAGCCCCCGCCAAGUCCGCGAGCCACCAGGAGAGGGUGUUACGAUACCUUUCACAGACCCAGAGCGCGGGAACCCCAGGCCACGCCGAGCUCCUCCCAGAUAGCUCUGAGCAACCGGGGGCUGUCCCUGCUCCCGCCCCUUUUUCUGUCACUUCUCGCCGGCAUCAGGCGGAGACAGAGGAAGACGACAAGGCAGAUACACAUCCCGACACGAAAGCCCUUGGAGAUACUAGGAAGGAGAAAGCGGAGGAAGCAGGAGGCGAAGGAGGAGGUGGAAAGGAGGAACAAAGCCGGCACCUGGAAGAAGAACCAGGAGGGGACAGCGGCACGCAAAGCAGGGAAGGGCUGUCAGACCUGCAAGAUCGACCUCCUUCGCUGAAGCCUCUGAUAACCAAAGUGUCCCCAACAACAUCUCACGUGUCCAGCAUCCAGCAGAUCCAUUCUGUCAUCCAACCUCCCCCAACCCCACCCAAACCCUUCUUGCGUCAGCCCCCUUCUGAGCCACCGAAACCCCAGUCUUCGCCAACAUAUCCCAACUCGUUCACUCAGCCUCAGCAGAGCCAGGCAAAACCUCAGGAACUCAUCCCCAAGCCUUAUCCUCAACCGGGCUCUCAGCCACUGCCCAAACUACAGGUGCCUCCGCCAACGCCACCCAAACCUCAGGGUUUUCCCCAGGCCUUGGUCAAGUCUCAGUCGCUGACGCUGGAGCACAGCGACGACUACAACUCGUUUGCAGUCUGUUCGGGUGAUAUGCUGUCCCCCACGGGUUCCACAGACCAGCUGCAUUAUAGCAUGUCCAGCAAACAGAUGUCCAUCAAGGAGAGAGUGGCCCGGUUAAAGAAGAGUGGCGAGGAAGACUGGAGAAACCGCAUCAACAAGAAACAGGAAGUGGAGAACGUGGCAUCCACUGAGCAAAGUGACGUGGAGUCAACACAUAAGAAGGAGGAAGAGGUGGUCCUUCAUGACCAUUCUCCAGUGUGCUUAUCAGAGCAGCUGUGGGAGCCUGUCUUCUCCUCCACUUUCUCUCCUCCUUUCUCCCUCGGACAAAAGUGUCAGUACAUUGACCAUCACGCUCAGGCUCAGUCAACAGGAAAAGCACAAACUGAAGCCCAGAUGACCAUUGAGGAAAGGAAACAGAUGAUCUCCAAGCGAGAAGAUGACUGGAUGAGCAAGGGCAAGGGUGUGGCCAAUGACUCUGGCCAGUACACUGUGGCAGCACGCAUGGUCAAGAAAGGCCUGGCAGCCUCCUCCUCCAUCAUUGGGCCGAUCCUGUCGCCCGUCUCCACCAAACUCAAGAGCAGCACCGCAAUUGUCAGCAAACCUCAAGAGGAGAUUGAAGCCAGAGCAGACAUGGAAUCAGACAAGAAGCUUGACAAAUUGGAAACCUUCUUAGAACGGAUCAACAGCAAAGUGUCCGAACUGCAGGAGAGCACCCUGACAGUCACAGAGAAGGCAGUGAAGGAGGUGAUGAAGUUAGACGAUGAGAUCUUCUCCAACUUCUACCGUCGUGUCGCCGAUUUGCCCCACGUACCGUCGCCCAUCGAGCUCAGCGAGGACUUCGAUGCCAUAUUUGGCUCACGGCAUGGAUCCGGCAGGCUGACAUCGGCAGUGGUGCGCCACAAGCGCUCUGUGCGUCCAUCCAGAAACGUGCAGGCGUCCCGCAACCCUGUCAAGACACUGGCCGCCCGCCAGGACAUACGACACGAGUACACAGAGGAAAGACUCAACGUGGCUCAGCUGGAGAGCAAGAGGAUGUCCUCUGAAAAGAUGGUUAAAAGCUUGGAAUAUUCCGAUGCCGCUCUGGCAGGACUGGCCAGUAAGGAGAACUACAGCACCGUGAGUUUGCGCAGCGUAAACGCCUCGGAGACGCCCACAUCCAACAACAGCGCACUCCCAUACAAAAACCUAAUGCUACUGCACAUCAAAGGCCGUCGACACGUUCAGACCAGACUAGUUGAGCCCAGAGCAUCCUCACUGAACAGUGGGGAUUGUUUCCUACUUGUGACCCCCGAGCACUGCUUUGUGUGGAUAGGAGAGUUCUCCAAUGUCAUCGAGAGGGCUAAGGCUAUGGAUCUGGCCCAGUUCAUACAAACUAAGAAAGACCUGGGCUGCAGGGCAAGCAAGGUACAGACUAUUGAGGAAGGCGUCCAAACGCAAAGUCCAGAUUCACAAGAGUUUUGGACCAUUCUCGGGGGACAGAGCUCCUACCAAUCUGCCGGUCCGCCGGAGGAAGACGACCGCUUUGAGAACGCAAUUGUGGAAACCAAUUGCAUCUUUCGUCUGCUUGAUGACAAACUGAUGCCAGAUGAUGAUGAAUGGGGGAAGGUUCCUCGCUGUUCCCUAUUGUCAUCUAAAGAGGUAGUUGUGUUGGAUUUUGGCAGCGAAGUGUACGUGUGGCACGGCAAAGAAGUGACACUGGCCCAAAGGAAGGUGGCCUUCCAGCUUGCCAAACACCUCUGGAAUGGAACCUUUGACUACACGCUCUGUGACAUCAACCCACUUGACCCUGGAAACAGCAACACCCUAAUUCCAAGGAAAGGCCAAGGUCGGCCUGACUGGGCGAUAUUUGGCAGGCUGACCGAGCACAAUGAGACCAUUCUGUUCAAGGAGAAGUUUAUAGACUGGACUGAAGUAAAAUUGUCGCCAUCACCGACAGAAGGGAAAGAACAGCUACCAGAACAACAGAAGCCCAAGGUUCGAGAGUGCCGACCUUACGACAUAAGCCUGAUGCUGCCCCUCCUCCAGCCGUCUGUAACCACCAUUUUGGAUGGUGUGAACGUGGGGCGUGGCUACGGCUCUGUAGAGACCGAGGACCAUAUGAGGACUCAGGAAAUCAGUACUGUCUCUGUGGACGUUUGGCACAUCUUGGAGUUCGACUACAGCCGGCUGCCACGCCAGAGCAUUGGCCAAUUUCAUGAAGGUGAUGCCUACGUUGUCAAGUGGAAGUACAUGGUCAGCAUGUCAGUGGGACGCAGACUCAACCCAGAGGUGAGGAGUACUGGACCAGGCCGGGAGAAAUGUUGCUAUUUCUUCUGGCAAGGCCGACACUCUACGGUUAGCGAGAAAGGAACGUCAGCGUUGAUGACCGUAGAACUAGAUGAGGAGAGAGGGACUCAGAUGCAAGUGCAACAGGGCAAAGAGCCUCCGUGUUUCCUACAGUGUUUCAACGGCGGGAUGAUCGUCCAUGCCGGAAAAAGGGAAGAAGAGGAGGAGAACAUCCAAAGCGAGUGGCGAUUGUACUGUGUACGUGGAGAGGUACCUGCUGAGGGCCAUCUGCUGGAGGUGGCCUGCCACUGCAGUAGCCUACGCUCCCGAGCCUCCAUGAUCCUGCUCAGCGUCGACAAGGCAGCCAUCUACCUUUGGCACGGCUGCAAGACGCAAGAGCACACUCAUGGCGUGGCUAGCAUGGCCGCACUCAGGAUCAAAGAACAGUGUCCUCUAGAAGCUGGCCUCCACAGCAGCAGCAAGGUAACCGUCCAUGAGUGCGAUGAGGGCAUGGAGCCACCAGGAUUCUGGGAGGCUCUGGGACACAAGGACAGGAAGGCCUACGACUGCAUGCUGCAAGACACUGGGAAAUUCAACUUCACUCCACGGCUCUUUCAGCUGACCAGCACGUCAGGAGAGUUUGUGGCGACUGAGUUCUUCCAUCCGUCCCGUGCCUCGGAUCUCGUCACCUCGCUUCCUUUUUUGCAAGAGGAUCUUUACAACGUGGCACAACCAGGGUUGUUCCUGGUGGACAAUUUCCACGAAGUUUACCUAUGGCAGGGCUGGUGGCCACAAGACAGCGAGAGCACAGGAUCAGCUCGCAUGCGCUGGGAUUUAGACCGGAAGUGUGCAAUGGAGACGGUGCUGCAGUAUUGCAAAGAAAAAAGUAACAAGAAUCCUCAGAAAUCCUACUUGAUCCAUGCUGGACUGGAGCCGCUAACCUUCACUAAUAUGUUCCCCUGUUGGGAGCAUCGGGAAGAUGUCGCGGAGAUCUCAGAGAGGGAGGCAGAGGUCUGCAACCAGAUCAUCUUAGUGGAAGAUGUGCUGGCUCGACUCAGUCGGACCACCUUCCCGUUGGACCAGCUGCGGGCGCGGCCUCUACCGGAAGGUGUAGACCCGCUGCGUUUGGAGAUCUACUUGUCCGACCAAGACUUUGAGGACGCUUUGGAGAUGAGGAGAGACGAAUAUGAACGUCUGCCAGGGUGGAAGCAGGUCAACUUGAAAAAGGCCAAAGGAUUGUUUUAAGCAUGUCGAACUGACGAUGGAAGAAGAAAUGCACAAAAAGAGAGGAAAAGAUGGAUGGAAAUAUACAGACAAAGGACCUGAAGAAAAGAGAGGCAUUUUGCAUUCUCUGUCCGGGUAUCCCAACACCAAGCGUGUUGAUUUUCUUGGACUUGACACCACAUUGCACAAGUACAAGUGUGCAUUUUUUGGCAUCAACGUUGUAUUGUAAAGCUUUUGUUUUGAUUGAUCUAUAGUGCCUUUGCUUAUUUUUUUGGUGUACAGUUUAUACAAAGACAUUUUAGUGUGACAUCCUUUUGGCAUAAAGCCCAUAGUGAAUCCAAAUGGAGUCAUUUUGUUUCUCCUGCUUAAUAAAUGAAAGCACUUUGAAACCA